AUGGACGGACUGCGCGGCGACAGCAGCGGCGGCGGCGGCGGCGGCAGCGGCGGCGGAGCCCCCGGGCAGUGCCGUAACUUUCUCUCCUCGCCCGUUUUCGGGGCGGCGCACACGGGCCGAGCGGCCGCCGCCGCCGCUGCCGCCGCCGCCGCCUCGGGUUUCGCCUACGCCGGCGGAGGGGAGCGCUCGGGGGCGGCGGCGAGGCCCGACCCCCCGACCAAGGACUGCCCGGGCUCCGCCACGCCGGCCGCCGCCCCCGCGCUGGGCUAUGGGUAUCACUUUGGCAAUGGAUACUAUAGCUGCAGGAUGUCCCACGGGGUCGGGAUACAGCAAAACGCCCUGAAGUCUCCCCCCCACGCCUCCAUUGGCGGCUUUCCUGUGGAAAAGUACAUGGACGUCUCCAGCUUGACCAGCACGAGUGUCCCCGCCAAUGAAGUCUCCUCCAGGGCAAAGGAAGUGUCCUUCUACCAGGGCUAUACAACCCCCUACCAGCACGUUCCUGGGUACAUAGACAUGGUCUCAACGUUUGGCUCUGGGGAACCGAGACACGAAACAUACAUAUCAAUGGAGGGCUAUCAGUCCUGGACUCUGGCUAAUGGCUGGAAUAGUCAGGUUUACUGUGCCAAAGAUCAGACACAGAGCUCGCACUUCUGGAAAUCGUCCUUUCCAGGGGACGUUGCACUAAACCAACCCGAUAUGUGUGUCUACCGGCGCGGGAGGAAGAAGCGAGUGCCGUACACAAAAUUGCAGCUUAAAGAACUCGAGAAUGAAUAUGCCAUUAACAAGUUCAUUAACAAGGACAAGAGGCGAAGGAUAUCCGCAGCCACAAACCUGUCUGAGAGACAAGUUACCAUUUGGUUUCAGAACAGGAGGGUGAAGGAUAAGAAAAUAGUCUCCAAACUGAAAGACAACGUAUCCUGA